UUAAAAUUAGUAACUAGAGUUGACUGUACAAUGUUGGCGAAGUGAUUACGUUCUUCUUCUUGUCAAUCAACAGUUGGCAGCGGUGUCCGCUUAACAUUUGUGGAUUAGGCUUCCGCGAACUGCGAAUUGAUGUGGACUCGACAAUAUUCUUAUGGAUUAAAAAGUGAUUCUGAUGUGUAGUUUUUAAUAUAAAGGUGUAAAAGAUUGUUGUGGUGAUGGCGGUGUGAAGGAGAUAUUGUGAGGUGUAGUACUGUGUAAUGCAGUAAUAUUCUUCAAAAGAAGAUGAUUUCUGGACGCGAAGAAGACUAGAACAGACGACUUGGACUAACGCUGGUUCGAUUGCCAGCGUCACAUCUGUAAUUCAACACUCCAUGAAAAUGAGGUGGUAUGCUGGCAGCGAUACUAGAGCAAACGAAGCAUUAACGAAGGAUUAACGAAAACAUAGGGACUGACGGGAGUAUUGAGGUCUCAACAUGGAGAUGACGUCGGGUAGACCGGCCUGGAAUAAAGGCAUCUAUUUGAGUAGUGCAAAGGUUAACGCCUCGUUAAGUUACGUCUCGGAUAGUGUUCGCCAGCUCCUCAUCUCGGCCGCUGUUAUCCGAGGCCCCACGCUAAGCUGCGCGCUGUCCGAAUCGAAACGCAAAACUGGUUUUCCCGCGCCCGACCGGCACGGCGCUAUCCACCCAGGGUUCAUUAUAGAGACGUUUAAGAGUCGGAGUAAGUUAAGGCGCAUUCGCCAUGCCGGGCUGUUGGUCGUGUAUCCUCGUCGCGACGCUAAGUGCCUCGCUAGGGCGCUGCGCAGCGCUCUCUGGCGACUCCUAGGUGGGAAUCGACGGUCCCCGGAGCGAUUCUCGGGACAAUGGGACCCGUUCAAUCCACCGGCGGCUCCCCAGCCACCCAAGACGAACCCACGCUCCGUAGACGUAGUGCAUAAUGGCUACUACUCCGUGAUUUCCAAACAAAAUAUGAUCAUAACUAUGUCGGAGCUUGAAGGUAGGUCAAACGACUUAAAAUAUCCCAACAGACGAGGUCGAGAUCAACACGUAAAGAAAUCAAAUCAACCUCCCAAACAAGAAGUAAUCGUCAACUACAGAAAUAAGGGCGAUUCAACCUGCAACGCGGCCAUCGACAUGAGGAAAUCAGCGGCGCGUGACGCGUGA